GCUCUUUGAACAGAAACACACUCACCCACGUGGAUUACAAAGAAGAGAGUCAAGAUCCAAGAGAUGGCCUUGUUCUUAAGAGGAUCGUUCCUGUUUCACCGAUUGCGAAGUAUUCAGCCAGUCCGGCUCUCAUCAUGGACACCAUGGAAGAAGGGCCCUGAGCCAGCCAGCGAACAGGCCUGCGAGACAUCUCAAGACAAAGUUAUUGAUACGACAGAGACUGAUCCACGCACAGGAGAACCUAGAGCGUGGUCAAACUGGAACUACCCUACAGAGCUAUCAGCACUAGCCAGGCGUAUUGGGCACAGUAUUGAGAGCCUUCCCUCACUGCAGGCUGCACUCACUGACCGUCGCCUCUUCAGCAAGGUGGCCACCCACGAGAAGCCACAGGAAUACUCUCGACUUUCUAUCCUCGGACGAGCAACUCUCAAGUUUUAUGUUCACGAGUACCUAUUCUUCACGUUCCCUAAACUGGAGGGCAGCAUGCUACUGGAUCUAAGCAAUUAUCUCACCAACGACACAGCACUCUGCAAACUGACUGACUAUCUGGGAAUCACGGAUCUCAUCAAGACAGAGCGAAUAUUCAACAAUGGAUCAAAUACAAAGUUCAUUUCCACCAUCCUGUGCAGUGUAGUGGGAGCUGUGUACGAGAACCAAGGCCCCGGAGCCGCUCGAUCGUUUGUGCAUAACUUUGUGGUGUCCCAGUUGAGUGGCAAGGACAUUCAAGAACUUAUAAAGCUAGAGCACCCUCGAUUCAUGUUACAGAGUAUUCUGAAAGGUCAAGGUCUUCCCAGAGCUGAGUCCCGGCUUAUCAAGGAGAGCGGACGAGCCACCCACUUCCCUACCUUUCAAGUGGCAGUGUUCUCUGGUGAGCGUUUGUUGGGAGAUGGUCACGGUAGCUCCAUCAAGAGGGCAGAGAGAGAGGCACUCAUCACAGCACUGGCAUCUCAGUUCAAGACCCAAGUCGCCAAUGCCCCUCUGCCAUCUGACAGUGACCCAGGGUUCAGCACUGAGAAGGAACUGAACUUGGAUAGACACAUUAGUCAAUCAUGAGUGCAAUAUAAUUAUUUUUGUCUGGUUGUUAAUAAUAAAAACAUUAAUCUUCCAAAA